CAGCGUUACGCACGUUUGAUAAUUUAAGGCGGUUCCCAUAAAGCGAGCGUCCGAUAAUGGGUGCACUGGCAGGGUCAUAUCCUGACGCGUGGAUUUACAGACUUCAGGAGCUAAAUUACCGAGGCUACACUUGUCUCCGUCCCCCAUGUGUGCACAGUUAACCAAACCAAACGCCCCCGAGGUAGCCUCGAACAGUAGCCGGCUCCUCGGUGGCUGCUGGUUAACUCCAACCUGCUUGAGCUAAAGGCUAAAGCUACACAGGUGCCAUAUGGCUGAGCUGUCAGCAUUGAUUAGUGUGAAAUGUUCCAGUGUGGAUUAACCAGCGUCUGCUGCCACAAGCGCAAACUGUCAAAACAUUGUAGUAGCGUUUAGUUUCAAGAGCCUGUGGUCGGAGCUGGACAUACAGAAGCAGACGUGAAGGCACUGCCCCAUCAAUGGCCAACCCCACCCUUCAGCUUGAUGUGCUGUGAUAGAGAAGUGUGUGGACCAGAAACAUUGUAGCCAUGGAGGACACCCAGCCCAAGAUCAUUACCCCGGACCCGAGCCCCGCGCCCAGCCCGGCACCUAGUCCGUCACCGAGCCCGAUGCUUGAAAGGACUGCUUUGCCUGCUGCAAACCAUGUGGAGCACCUAAAUGUGAACCAGAUCCAGGUGGUGGUAAGACGAUGCUCCACUCCAAAUGUCACAGAGGAGACCACCUAUUUUAUUCCUCGAAACCCUGUGGUGGAUGCUGGCACCAACACGGACCCGCCUGUGGUGUGUUGCCCACUGCUCCGCCGAUUCUGUCCGUGUCCGCCGAGAGGCCUUUUGGCCUCUCUCGUUACUAAACUCCUUUUGGCAGCUGUGCUCUUUGGAGUGGUGUGGUCCAUCACGGAAGACGAAUGUCUUCCAGGGGGAAACCUGUUUGGCAUCACGAUCCUCUUCAUCUGUGCGCUGCUCGGUGGCAAACUGGUGGCUCUCAUCCGUCUGCCCAAACUUCCACCGUUCCCCCCGCUGCUCGGUAUGCUGCUGAUGGGGUUCCUGCUGAGAAACAUCCCAGUCAUAACGGAUGGGGUGUACAUCGACUACAGAUGGUCUGCGUCGCUGAGGAACAUCGCUCUGGCUGUCAUUCUGGCCAGAGCAGGUCUGGGUUUGGAUCCCACGGCUCUGAAGAAACUAAAAGCAGUAUGUAUACGUGUGGCAGCUGGGCCCUGCAUCAUAGAAACUUGCACAACAGCUCUGAUUUCUCACUUCCUCAUGGGCUUGCCCUGGGUGUGGGGCUUCAUCCUUGGCUUCGUGCUGGGCGCCGUGUCUCCAGCGGUGGUGGUCCCCUCCAUGCUGCUGCUGCAGAAGGACGGUUACGGCGUGGAGCAGGGCAUCCCCACCCUGCUGAUGGCCGCGGGCAGCUUCGACGACAUUCUCGCCAUCACGGGGUUCACCACGUGCUUGGGCAUGGCGUUCGCCACAGGCUCCACCUGGUACAACCUCCUGAGAGGUGUACUGGAGGUGGGUGGCGGGAUGGUUAUUGGGAUUCUCCUCGGCUUCAUCAUCCAGUACUUCCCUAGCGUCGACCAGAAACAUAUCGUGAUGAAGCGAUCCUUCCUGGUGCUGGGGAUGUCCGUCUUUGCCGUGUUCGGCAGCGGUGUCGCUGGGUUCCCCGGCUCCGGAGGCCUCUGCACCCUGGUGUUGGCAUUCCUGGCUGGUCUCGGCUGGGGAACAGACAAGGCACGCGUGGAAGAAGUGGUGGGAUGGGCGUGGGACAUCUUUCAGCCUCUGCUAUUUGGACUCAUAGGGGCCGAGAUACGAGUCUCCGAGUUGGAGGGACACACAGUUGGUUUGGGCAUAGCCUCUCUGCUCAUUGCCCUCACGGUUCGAAUCCUGUUCACCUUCGUCUGUGUGUUGUGCGCGGGCUUCAACAUGAGGGAGAAGGUGUUCAUCGCCCUAGCGUGGAUGCCCAAAGCCACAGUGCAGGCAGCUAUUGGCUCCACAGCUUUAGACAUGGCCAGAACAAAGGAGGACAAGCAGCUGCAGAAGUACGGCAUGGAUGUGCUGACCGUGGCUGUCCUGUCCAUCCUUCUCACGGCUCCUGUAGGAGCUCUUAUCAUAGGGCUCACUGGACCUCGCCUUCUCCAAAAACCAAAGAGCUCAGCCUGUGGUGAGCGGGUGAAACCCACUUUAUCAUCUUUUUUCUUGGGCACGGCAGCGGCGGGCGAAGACGACGAAGAAACUCCCAUCACCUACGAGAGCACGCUCUGACGCCGUGCGUCUUCGUCAAGCGAGCGAGGACAUUUUAAGAAGGUGCUCUCACACCUCUGACAUUUGAGCGACUCUCUUUGUCUCUCUGUCUGCCCGUCGGCUCCUGGUGCUCGCCAUGCUGCAGGAACACAUGAAAUCACUCUGUAUUUAUAGCCUCUUAGGGGUUUCCCAAACCAACGACCUCCACCUCAACGUCUGCACUGUCGAGCUGCGUGAACAUUAACACAUGCAGCGUUUUUUUUUGCUUUUGAUCCUAAAUGAAUGUUUGAUCAGAGAUAUCAGUGUGAGGUAUGAAUAUGGUUUCUAUUUUUGUAAAGGUGGAUAUCGUUUCUGCCCGUCAGAUUUACUAAAUCCACUGUUUGCCCAUUUUUUACGGCCACAUUUACAUAAAUGUAUCUAGACUUGAAAAGGUGGGAAAUCUGUACUUUCCUUUAGAGGACGGCACACACUGAUGUCUGUAGGUGUUCUGCAGUCAGUACGAUACUUUUUAUCGCUUUGUGUUUGUGUGUAUGUUUUAAUGAAAUGUGUAUUAGAGAAGGGUUUAUGUAGUCUACAGUGACUCAGGAGAUCAGAGCUUUCUAUCGAUUUAUAUCACGAUGCUGCUAAAACGACUACGCUCACUACGUCCGCUUCCAUUACCAUCGACGCUCGACAAUUAUCACGUCCAAAACAUCUACGUAAACCCACCUUUUUAAAAGUUUUAUUGUAAAGUAGGUUUUUCACGUUUGUUACAUAUUUGAUUUUUUUUCUUUUUCUAUUACAAAAGUAUGCAGUGUAACUUAAGAACGUUUUAAUUUGUCUGAGUUUAUUUAAAUUCAAAAAGUCCUUGUGUAUUAUUAGUAAUUUAUGAAAGAUUUACAUGAUUGAACAUUAGUUUUUUACUGAAUAUUCUUUGAGCAAUAAAUGAUAGAACAUACCAAGAAUUGUUCUCUGUCUCUCUGGUGGAAUUAUUACACGACGAAAGCCUGAACACAGUUUGUACAAUUUGACUUAAUUUAUGUUUUAUAAUAUCUUUAAUUCAGGUCACUGUAUUGUCAACUCUAGUGUUUUGGUCCAUUGAAUGUUCUGUCACAGGCAUAGAACCCUCAGCAGACCUGAGUUUUCACUUAUCUAGUGAAGUCUGGAUGGACUGGCACAGUUUUGUAGCCCUUCAUGGCUCUCGGAGGACGUAUCCUGCUGACCUGUGCUGUCUGACUUUUAAUCUAGAGCCAUCAUUAGGUCAAACAUUUUAUCUGUCUAUAACCAAAUAUGUGAAAAACUUCUAUCAAUCCUAUUUGCCUCAGCUGUAUACUGUGCUAAUACACCGUGUUUUGGGGCCAUACUGACGGAAGUGCCUAAAACAAUGCACUAUUGUAGAAAUAUGAAUCUUAAUUCAAGUUUUACGUGACUCAAGCUGACAUGAAGUGUUUCCCAAUCAUAGCGGCGAAAGAAGGGAAUGAAGCACAGUCAUUCAUAAAAAUACAGAUCUGACAAUAAAGGUCAUUUAUGUAAAAAAUAUUGCUGAUGAAUUUAAAAGGAAAAAAAAAAAAAAAACUCCAGCUGGAAAUCAACUAUAUACAGCUAUUAUGACAAUACAGAGGCAAGACAAAUGAACGGUACAGAGCAAAAUGCAGAAGUUAAGUUCAGAAACCUCAACAGAGCCGUGAGGUGGAUAGAUUCAGUGGUGCAGCGGUUUGAAAUGUUUGCAGGUGACGGUCAAACUCAAAUGUUUAAAGGCUAUGAACAAAACUCAUCUGAAGAAGAACGAGUGGCCUCCCAUACACACAAUAACUUAGAAAGGGAAUAUUUCUCAACCUCAAAAGUGCGGACAUGGUAAUAUGUGACACGCUGACACAAGGCUGGCUGUUAAAUAAUACCAAAGAAUUGACCAAGAUGAAGACAUGCACAUGUACAGAAUGUUGAUACAGGUCGGACUAGUAAAACAGGGAAAAAAAAAAACAUACAUUGUUAAAUCAUAAAGUCACUGCAAUUGUUUCAAGUUUUCCCCUCAGAAAGUGGUCCCGAUGGCAAAGUGUGGAUUUGGAAAAAGACGGAGACUAAAGUUUUACAGUCGUAUAAAAAGGGGAUGCUUCUUUUAACCGACAAAAGUGAACAGUGAAGAAUGUGCCAUAAAAAAAA